UUUCUCACACACAGGAAAGCAUGUUUGGUCGUUGCUUGGAUACGGCCGAAUAUAGUCUCUUCCAGAACAUUAUGUAGCUUGUGACUUAACCAACACAAUAGUAACCUAUGUCAACAAAACAUAAGCCCUGUAAUUAAAUGUACAAAAGGACCUGGAGUUGCUGCCAAACACCCGCGUUGCGCCCACACCAUUCACUCUCCACUUGGUUGCUGAGACAGUAACAGUCGAAUUCAAUCAAGCUCUAUUUUAUUGGUAUUUCUGGAUGGCAAAACACAAUACUUCUGUUUGCACAACAAUAAUGUACCUAAAAUACUAAUGUUUUGAAUCAAGCAAAACACAAUACUUCUGUUUGCACAACAAUAAUGUACCUAAAAUACUAAUGUUUUGAAUCAAAGAGAUGUUAAUGUACACACAUAUUAAGUUAUAGCCUACUUGCUGUCUAUAGUCUGUACUGUGUGGGAAGAAUAUAGCCUACUAUUUUACUAUAGUUUUCCUAUACUCACAACCCUGAUUACCGAGUUAAUUAUAAACUAUCUGCCCCAAAACCAUUGCUUUGCCCUUUCACCUGUGACAAUUAAUAAUAUAGGUGAAUGCCAGCAGAAUCCCAUUGAUAACUAAUAAGCUAAUGAGUCUGUGUGGUUAUAGAAGCCCACCUUGUUUCAAAUUCCAAGCACAACGUUAAUAACCUAUACAUGCUCCUCGUGUCAGCAAUUCCAUGAGACCUAUGGCUGCUUCGUGGAGAUCAAGAGAUCCUGCACGAAUAGGUCAUGGAAUAGGUCAUGUGUGCGCGCAUGUCGAUGUCUACCGAUAAUUACCCGACAAAUGCGUUGCUCCGUGCUCGACGUGCAUAGGAGCUUGACUUGUGCCCUGUUGCAAUGGGACCAAAUCUUAAGCGCACGUGCCCGCACAUUGCAAUAGGCUAACUGCGCAAAUUACGCAAAUGGAUGGUGGGAUUUAUUAUCACUAUAUGACUACAGUUCUGCAAUGAGUAAUGCGAGUAAUGCUCUCAUAUUUCCCUGGUUUUGCUGCACACCAAUUUUAGCAGUUGUUUGCAGGCUGCAUAGCAACUGCGAUCAGUGCAUUGCAUUUUGACAGGCAGCAAUAAAUAUAAUAUGCUAUUGAAACCCACUCAAAUAACUUUAAAUUGGACGAAUGUUAUAGGCCUACUUUAAAACAAGUAUAAUUGAACAAAGUCAAGGUAUUGGAGUGAACAUCACAAAGCCCUGACCUCAAUUAUAUGGAAAAUUUGUGGGCAGAACUGAAAAAGCGUGUGUGAGCAAGGAGGCCUACAAAUCUGACUCAGUUGCACCAGCUCUGUCAGGAGGAAUGGGCCAAAAUUCACCCAACUUAUUGUGGGAAGCUUGUGGAAGGCUACCCAAAACUUUUGACCCAAGUUAAACAAUUUAAAAGGAAAUUCUACCAAAUACUAACUGAGUUUGUAAACUUCUGACCCACUGGGAAUGUGAUGAAAGAAAUAAAAGCUGAAAUAAAUCAUUCUCUCUACUAUUAUUCUGAAAUGUCACAUUCUUAAAAUAAAGUGGUGAUCCUAACUGACCUUAAACAGGGCAUUUUUUACUAGGAUUAAAAUGUCAGGAAUUGUGAAAAACUGAUUUGAAAUCAAUUUGUAAGUCGCUCUGGAUAAGAGCGUCUGCUAAAUGACUUAAAUGUAAAUGUAAAUGUUGCAUGUAGGUUACAUUUCCCACAGUUCGGAAAGUGUGUUGUUUAAAAAGUUAAAAAUAAAAACCUUACAUUGAUGGCUUUUUGGAAAUCCAACCAGUUUUCCACGUUGAUUCAACUACAUCACAUUGCAUUUUUUUUUGUAGAAAUGACAUGUAAACAACGUUGAUUCAACCAGUUUUUGCGCAGUGGGGUAUUUCAGCUGUGAGGCUAUCAAUUUGUCAAGUUGCACACAUAAAAAUACCACAUAAAGCCAAGAACACCAUUGUUCUUUGAGUUGACAACUCCACCCCACCAUUUACCACCGCAAUAAAUAAACAUUGAUGGAGAGGGUUGGAGUGCUUUCUGUUGUCUGUAGCAACCGCGCACCUAUAGCCUAUUCUGCAAAACCAACUCGAGUUGGAGACGAGGCACAAAAAGUUAACCUUUGCCGUCGUACGCAGUGAAGGAACUUCAGCAUAGAGUAGCAUAAGCUAUCGAGGAAGCAUUAAUAACGAAUAUAGUUGCUAUCAUCACCAUGUGACGUUUGCGACCGUUUUUAUCCUGGAGUAUGACAGAUACAAUGUCUAGACUGUCCUCGGUUGCUUCUCUUCGACUACCAGCCAUUCAGCACCCGUUAUCAAGACUCAUAGACCCAGAAACCCUCUCUCUCAGAGGCUACUCCAGAGAUUACGCUGGGAGUGACGAAGUUGUACCGCCGCUGUUGCGGGAUGGGGACCUCGACUUUGUUUUCCGAGGUCAAAACACAAGAAGGGCCACAGGUUAUCCUUAUGACAAGGCUCCGCCGAAGCAGAGCGGUUUCAGCCUGGUCUCGCAGCCAAUCCCCGAAGGAGUCGAAGUCUCAGUAGCCCUUGAUCCGGUUAAACCACGGCUGCCCAUCUUUGGUCAACGGGUGGCACCAGAGAGCAGGGGGAGCCGAGUCACCAGCCUAACCAGUACCAUUAAAACCAGCAUCACCAGCCAAACCAAUACCAGCAGAACCAGUAUCCUUACCAGAACUACUACCGCAGCCUCCUGCCAUGAGGCCCAGCUCAGGAUCCAAGUGGACCAGCUUGAGCACGAGCUAAGGCAGAACAUUCAGUUGUUAGGACAUUUGAACCUUCAACGAAUGUUCAAGAACAACCAUCCGGAGCGAAAAGCACUGGCCAACAGAGAUGUGUUGCUGAUGAUCCUCACCAAGUUUCUGGGCCGAUUCAUCACACUGCAGCAGUACAGCCAGUUGCUGCUCCGACUGCAUUUGUCGAAGAAGGCAGCCAUUAGCUUUGAGGAGCUGUGGGAGGCCAUAAGAGAGUCUGGACCAGUCACUUGGUUUAACCCCACCCAGGAUCCCAGCACAGCCCCUCCCCUUUCUCCAGCUAAAGUCACAGCCUCCCAGACCCUAUCCCUAUUGCGGGGACAGGCCCAGAACAGGUUCCUGGAGGUCAUAGAGUCACGUCCCACAGAGCUCGGCCUACAGAGGAUCAGUUUGAUUGUAGCUCCAGAGCUGAAGAGAUGUCUUGCACAGUUGGGCCUCAACUUAGAGGACCGGGAGUUUGAGAAGCUUUGGAAGAAAUUUGACAGCGAAGGACUUGGAGCCGUGACCGUGAGAGGUUUGCUAAGGAAACUUGGACUGAGCCAGAGAAAGACCUCAGACACCAACGAUAAUAAUGAUCAAGUUUCAUCUUCUAGCAAUGGUGAAGACACCAAAGCCAGACCCAGGGCCCUGUCGAAGUCGGAGGAGGAGCGUGGGGUAUCCAUCACCAUGGAGAAGUGGCUGAAGGACAAGUUUAGGGAGGGCGUCCAGAGAAUGAAAUCCCAGUUUGACCAACUGGAUCCAGACCAGACCUGCAAGGUGGGCCUGGAGGAGUUUCUGCAGGUGCUGAAGAUCUUUGGCCUGAAUCUAAAGAGGGAGCAUGUGGGCUUGUUUUUGGCUCGCUGUGGCCUGGGACUGAACAAGACAGGUGUGAUCCAUUACCCAGAGUUCCUCCGCAUGUUUCAGGACCGCAGCGAGGAAGGGGUCACACAUAGGAUCCUAUCCAAUCCACAACACAGGUUUCACCAUAUCCAGGGGAGCAUCAGCCAUGCAUCCACAGUCACCAUGGUGGAGGCUAAACUGGCUCGACUCUUCCAGUCAGAGUACCUCGCUCUGUUAGAAAUGUUUCAGAGCAUUGAUAAAUGCCACAGGAGGGUGGUGAGCCAGGAGGAGUUCCGAGCAGCGAUUGAGAGCAGAUUUGGCCUGGAGGUCGCGGAACCUGAGUUUGACCAGCUGCUGGACAGGCUGCCCCUGGACAAGGACGGAAAUGUCCAGUACCCAGUCUUCAUGGCCGCUUUCGACACAAGGAGAGGAGUUCCCAGCCUUUUCGAGGCAAGUCCUGCGGGGAAUUUGGGGCGUACAAACGAAGAACAGGAGGGGCUAAACGUGCAACUCGAGAAUGAGGAGAGUGGGACUCUGGGACAGGGACGGAGUGUGGAACAGCUGUUCCAGAUCAUCAAGGCCCUGGUGAAGAACCACUACCAGGCAGCAGAGCGAGUCUUUGAGAAGCUGGAUGAGAAGAACACCAAACGUCUCAGUCAAGAGACCUUCUACCAGCUUCUAAAGAGAUUUGACAUCCACCCCGAAGUGAGCCGGGGGGAGAUCCGACAUCUUUGGGUCACUUUGAUUACCAACCAGGACAGGACGCUGGAUUUCUUGCAGCUUGCGCGCCACUUUGGCUACUCUCCCAAGUCCUCGUGCUUUCCCAACGCCAAGCGCAGCCCCCCGAAGAAAGGGGAUGAGAAUCUCCGGCAGUGCUCCAGAAAGCUCCACUGUGUGUCUGACAUACUUGCAGAUGGAGUGCGUGCCAAGGUGGAGCUGUCAUUGGAUGAGUUGCGGGCGGAGUUUGAGGAGUUGGAUCCUUAUAGGACGGGGUUUGUGAGCCAGGAGGAGUUCCAGGAAGUGCUGAAAGGUCUGUGUGUGCACCUCGAUGAUUACGAGUGGGAGAUGCUGGCUCGAAAGUUUGACAUCAACAGGGAUGGAAGGGUUUCCUUCGUUGAGUUCCUGAGGCCCUUUGGGAGACGGAAACAGCCGUGGAGGCAUGGAUCCAACAUGGCCGGCAUACUGCAGUUCCAUAACGAAACAGAGGAUCUGUCUGCAGAGAAAGGCUCUUCCUUGUGUGAUCAAGUACCACUGAGCUCAAGACUAAGGAAGAAGCUUCAGCGGCAGGGCAAGAUUCUGCGUCGGGCCUUCCACAGGCUGGACAGCUCCGACAGUGGCUACCUCUCCCCAGGCGAGUUCCGAGCGGCUCUGCGGCUGUGUGACGUACCCUUGGACCCGAAGGAGUACUACCAUGUCUUGGCCGGGCUGGACCGAGACCUGGCAGGCCGGGUGGCCUAUCGCCGGCUGAUCCAGGACAUACGCAAGAGAAGAACCUCUGGGACUAGAGUAAAGUAAAGAGUCAUCAUCAAAUUGUUUUUUCUGGUUGAUGUGACGUCAGAUUAUACAACAAAUUUAAGAUGUAUUUUCCUGGUCACUAAAAAGAUGUCUAAAUAACGUCCUUUUACAAUCGCCUUACAACCUGACCGUGAUGUUACAAAAUAUGCCAGCUUGUCAUUGCAACCAGAUUUGCCUGCUGGGCAAAUCAGCAGGGGCAAUUUGCUUUGCAUUAGGUUGUCAAAAUGACGUACAAACAACAUUUAGACAUCAAAUCAAAUGUAUUGGUCACAUACACAUGUUGAGCAGAUGUUAUUGCGGGUGUGGCGAAAUGCUGUACAUGACUGUAUUUAUUUAAGUGUCACUCCACAAUAAUACAACCCAGCUAUCACAUAACGUUUUGAGAAACACGUUUCUUAGAGCUUGGUGAAAGUGUGGUUGUCCUGGGAAUGGUGCAGGAUACCCAGCUAGCACAUAACAUUCUGAGAAUUAUGUUAUAAAUUAAGAAACAAUGUUCUUCUGUGAGAAUGCCAGUACUUCAGCAUAACGUUUUCUAUAGGUUUCCUCGUUGUUCUAUUUAAAAUAAUAUUCUCAGGAUGUUCAGAGAACUUUAAAAAACAACGUUCUUCUGUGGGAAUUUCAGUACUUCAGCGUAACAUUUUCUGCAAGUUUCUUCAUGGUUCUAUAUAAUGUCAUGUUCUCAGAACAUUCAGAGAAUGUUAAGAAACAAUGUAGUUGCUAGGACUUUCUGGCAGUGGUCUGAGUGGAAGGGGAAAACUGAAAACUAGCUGUUAUUGACAGAGAGGUUUGGAACUCUCGCUCUUAGUAGUCAAUUAACAAAUUUACCAAUCUUUUCAAACACGUCUCACACUAAAAGGGUAUUGUCAUCAUUUUCAUGAUUUCCCAAUAUUAUUCCAACGUCAUAGUGUGAAAAUAUAUACAGUGCCUUCUGAAAGUAUUUACACCCCUUGACUUUUUUCACAUUUUGUUGUGUUACAGUCUGAAUUAAAAAUGGAUUAUAUUGAGAUUUUCUUUCACUAGUCUACACACAAUACCCCAUAAUGUCAAAGUGGGAUUUUGUUUGUAGAUUUUUUUUUAUAUAAAACAUUUAAAGCUGAAAUGUCAUGAGGCAAUCAAUAAGUAUUCAGCCCCUUUGUUAUGGCAAGCCUAAAUAAGUUUAGAAGUAAAGAUGUGCUUAACAAAUCGCAAAAUAAGUUGCAUGGACUCAUUCUGUGUUCAAUAAUAGUGGUUAACAUAAUUUUUUUAUAACUACCCCAUCGUUGUACCCCACACAUACAAUUAUCUGUGAAUGUCCCUCAAUCGAGUAGUACAUUUCAAGCACAGAUUCAACCGCAAAGACCAAGGAGAUUUUUCAACACCUCGCAAAGGGCACCGAUUGGUAGUGUAAAAAUAAAAAAACAGACACUAAAUAUCCCUAUGAGCAUAGUGAAGUUAUGAAUUAGGAUUUGGAUAGUGUAUCAACAGGCGUCCUUCCUAACUCAGUUUUCAGAGAAGAAGGAAACUGCUCAGGGAUUUCACCAUGAGGCCAAUAGUCACUUUAAAACAGUUAC